GCAGACCAGGCAUAUCGUGCAAGACAUUUCUUCGACAACGAAGGCCGUUCUCCUCCUCUGAUGCAUCGCCAGUCACUUCUGCGUCUGGCUCGCCAGACCGGCGCUUUCCCUUUGGUUGAAUUGCCUCCUCCAUAUCUCGCCCCGUCUCUCCAUUUCUCUCUGCACCGGUCGCCGAACCAAGCCUCGAACUUUUCGUCCACAGCAGUUGCCGCGGGUCAUGGACGUGAUCUGAGCAAGUCUCGCGGUGUAUCCGCCAUCCACCGCACCGGUCCCAAAUUCAAGCUGGGUGUAUCAAAAUACCAAUUGCCCAAGCCCGUCGCUCGCGGUGAAGUCGCAAAGCGUCACCCGACCCCCGAUCAUGGACUCUGGGCGUUCUUCCCGAAGGACCGACAGGCUCUAAGCAGCCCGGAGUACGAUGUCGCUCACGGCCGCUCUUGGUCGAUCCAGGAACUCCGCGAGAAAUCAUGGGACGACCUCCACGCUCUGUGGUGGGUCUGCGUCAAGGAGCGCAACCGUAUAGCCACCUCCAACCUAGAGAGAGAGAGAUUGAAGGCCGGUUAUGGUGAAUACGAAGCGACCGAGCGGGAGCGUAUUGUUCGUCGCACGCAAAAUGGCAUCAAGCAUGUCCUGCGGGAGAGAUGGUACGCUUGGGAAGAUGCUCAGAAGCUUUACAAGGAUGGAUAUCGCCCGCAGUAUGAUGGCACUCCGGUUGCGUCUGAGCUCGAGACGGCGUCUGGAGAGCCCGAGAAGCCCGGCAAGGCGUAGUCCCAUGAGAUAUGUCAUUGAAAAGACACAUUCAGGGCUCCAUUUUCCUUAACCGACGUCUACCCUAUGGGUCCUGUAUUAUUGUAUGUAGUAUAGUUUGCAACCUCCCCCUUAUAUGCAUG